GUAGGGGAGGGCAUUCUGACAGUUUUGGGUCCAGGGAAAAAGAUGGCUCCUAAAAGACAAGGCACCAAAGUGACAUUUGUGAAAACUGCUAAGCCGAGCAGCGAUACCAGUGUCAGAAAACGUAAGAAGCAAAGCUCAGAUGAAGUGACGUCUAGGAAAAGACAACGUCGGAGUUCUGAAAAGAAGGCGAUGCGGCUGAAAAAAGGGAAAAACGCAUGCCCCCUUCACGCGGAAAUUAUUCAGCACGUAGAGAGUUGUAUUAACACCGCCGUGUUGUCAGUAUUGAGCAGGAAAAAAAUGGCAGCCUUUGAACCUGUACAAGUCCAGCUCUCUAGUCUCAAGCAAAGGCUUCUUCAGAUCUGUAAAGACAUAAAAGUCCCUGCAACUAAACUAGGCAAGUUGAAAAACCUGGCCAGAGAUGUGCUGGAGGAGCAGCGUAAGAUGGAGGAGUACGAAGGUACUUUGGAGUCACUGAAUCAUGAAAUAGAAGAAGCUGUGGAGAUGGCUGAGAAGAUAGAAGAGUCUACAGUGGCUUUAGAGGGAAAGUUUGAGAUCUUGAAGCAACAAACACCAGAAACUUCCCAAUCCCUGGAUGAAAUGAUAUCAACUAAAGACCCCCUGCAGCUUCCACCAGGCACCUUUGAUGCUCCAACGUUGCAAGAUCAAGCCAAGAAGCUGGAAAACCCUAAAUUAUUUCUGAAGAAGCUCACUCUGGUCCAGUCCAAUCCAGUCUAUAAAAAUAUGCUGAAUCUUCUGCACACGUCCUAUGCCGAGAUCUCCACCCUGUGACGGGACCCCAUGUUGUUCCUUCUUGUGCCUAGAUUUUACAUGUAGAGGUCUGGAAAUGCUAGAUCCAGGAUGAUCUGUUGCUUAUGUUAUGUGUUAUAUUCUUUUAUUCUAUUAAUGUGGUUGUUUUGUAUAAAUAAAGUUGAUUACAGAGGGCACACAAGC